AUGCUUUUCUAUCUUGAUCAUCUACAGGUGGAAUAUCAUCCUUACCUCAACCAGAGCAAACUGCUGGAUUUCUGCAAGUCCAAAGACAUUGUCCUGGUUGCCCAUAGUGCUCUGGGAACCCAACGACAUAAACUAUGGGUGGACCAGAACUCCCCAGUUCUUUUGGAGGACCCAGUUCUUUGCGCCUUAGCAAAGAAACACAAACGAUCCCCAGCCCUGAUUGCCCUGCGCUACCAGCUGCAGCGUGGGGUUGUGGUCCUGGCCAAGAGCUACAAUGAGCAGCGGAUCAGAGAAAAUGUCCAGGUUUUUGAAUUCCAGUUGACUUCAGAGGAUAUGAAAGUUCUAGAUGGCCUAAAUAGAAAUUUUCGAUAUGUUGUCAUGGAUUUGUAAGUAACUUUGGAAAAUGGGUUGCCAAGUUUAUUUUUAGAGGAGGAAUGUCAGAUGGGUGUUAAAAGUGACCUCAAUACCAGGGAGACAGAGCCAAUGUGAGUCAGAGGUGAGACAGGAACUCUGGAACUCUCCUUCUGGAUUCACUCCAGAGCUCUGUUCUCUGACAGGGUGAGCGGGCCUAGGGUCAGCAUGGGUCAACCUGUGCCUCUGCUCUCCUGACUCCCUGAAAAUUUCCAGAGCAGCCAAUAUUAUUGCUGAAUCUGCACCUUUCAUGUUGGCCUGGCAUUUCUGCUAUGGCCUAGUGGACAAAUUGGAUAUUGCCCACGUGGCUUGAUUACAUGUUUUUCCAAAUCCGUAUUACAGCUUUUUCUUCCAAAUCUGCUCAGUUCCUUAUCAGAUAAACAUUUCCAACAACAUUGGUAUCCAUGCCAGAAAUUCAUCUCUUCCAUGUGGAAUUGCUCACUAGAUCUUGCCAAUUCAGUAUCUUUACCCAUUUCAAAUUUCUUUCUUCCUUCUCUUUAGACCUUUGCUCAUGACCCAAACACUGCAUUUUGCCUCCAGAAAGUUUGCCCUUAGUGGGCGUUAGAACUCUUGGCUUUG